AUGAAGGGUUUGAGUUGCUGCGGCGGUUCCCCUUUGUUGCAGCAGCAGAGCCCAGCUGGGAGGCCCCCCACUGCGCACUUCGCCCUCCACUUCGCCGCGGCUUUCCCGCUCUUCGGGACUGUCUUUGCCGCGUUUUAUUUCGCAGUCUUUUGCUGCUGCAUCGGCAGCUCGCAGGCCUUCAGCAGCGCUGCUGCUGCUGCUGCUGCUGCCUUCCGGGGGCCCCCCCCGCACCUGCUGUUCUCGGGCGGCGGGGGCCCCCGCGAGGCCUCCCUGGCGCUGCAGCAGCAGCCGCAUGGCCCUCUUGCUGCAGCAGCUGCAGCAGCUGCUUCCAGAGAGUCCCCACUUGCUGCUGCAGUGCCUCGAGAUGAGCAGAUGAAGGGCGGCAGCCCUCCUCCAGCCCUUUCCCCCGCGCCCGCCGACGCCCCCCCGCAGCAGCAGCAGCAGCAGCAGCAGCGGCAGCAGCAGCAGCAGCAGCAGCAGGGGGGGGAGGAGGAGGCGCUUCUGGAAAUGAAGCCCCCUGCGGCGCGGGAGGCGGCGGCGCCCAUUCAGGUGUAUGUACAGUCCAGAGACGCUGCGAGAGGCCGCAGCAGCAGCAGCAGCAGCAGCAGCAGCAGCAGCAGCAGGUCUUUGCUGGGGUCGCUUUUUAGUUGGUUCAGAAAAGAUGCUGCUGCAGCAGACUUUGCUGCUGUUGCUGCUCUCGCCCAAAAACUCCACCGCUGGAACCUCCUCAGGCAGCAGCAGCAAAACAAAUCCAAAACGAAACUCAUCUUCGCCAUGAGACACGGCGAAAGCAAGUUCAACGUCUGGCGCAGAGAGUCCUUCGCCAAACUCAGGUUUAGAGAUAUGCUGAGACGAGACUGGGGCGAAUGCGAUGUGCCUCUGUCGGCAGCAGGAGAGCUGCAGUGUACAGACGCAGGGGCGCAGCUGGGCCGGCUGCUGGCAGCAGUGCGGCAGCUGGAGCAGCAGCAGCAGCAGCAGCAGCAGCAGCAGCAGCGAAGCCCCGCGAAGCUGCUCAGGCCUUUCUGCGUGGACGCCUUCCUCGUGUCUCCACUCACAAGGGCGCUGCAGACAGCUGCGAACACCUUCUACGGGGCGGACCCGAGCUGGCAGUGCAGCGGCGCAGCCCCUGCUGCUGCUGCUGCAGGUGCUGCUGCUGCUGCUGCUGCUGCUGCAGCAGGGCCGCGGGCAGCAAGCGCGGGGGGCCGCAGCAUACGGUGGCUGGUGAGCGCGCUGCUGCGCGAGAAGAUGUCGACGAAGGGAGACAUUGGGCUGGAGAAGGAGCAGCUGCUGCAGCGGCUGCUGCUGCUGCAGCAGGCCGGCAGCAUCCAGGAGUGCGUGCUGGACUUGGGGCUGCUGGCGGAGGGCGACGAGUGGUGGGCGCCCGAAAUCGAAGAACAGUUGGAAGCUCUGAACGAAAUCUUUGCAGAAAGCUUGAAGAGCAGCAGCAGCAGCAGCAGCAGCAGCAGCAGCAGCAGCCAGCUGUCGGACACGGCGAGCACGGCGGCCUCGGAGAGCGGCGGCGAGCAGCAAAACGAUCAAGUCCUCGCUCUCGGGAAAGCAGCCAAAAGACCCUUAACUGCUGCCGAAGGGGCCGUUCGAAGGGCCCUGGAGAUCGCAGAAAAGCCCGCGAGAGCGCCGCUGGCCGCCCACCGCAGGCUCAAGGAGUGGCGGCUCCGGAAUGGAAAGCUGCCGAUAUAUCAGACGGUGGCCACCGAAAGCGCCACUUUGCUGGACCUUCGCGCCAAAUUGCUCUUGUCAGUUCUUUGUAGAGCCGAAGGAAUGGACUCCGCCUUCAUUGUGAGCCACUCUUUGUUCCUCAAGGCGCUCACGGGCACCCGGAAAUUUGCAAAUGCGGAAAUCCGCGUCUUCUCGCUCGUUUGCGACGGCACCCCGAGACUGAUCCCGCUCUAA